AUGGUCCAUCAAUUGUCGUUACAUUCAACAAUUCCUCAUACAUCUUUUGCCCAAACCGUAACGACUUUACAGGCACUUACAGGAUUGAUUUCACCAGAACCAAUUGCUACAUAUACGUUAACAACCAAACCUCACAAUGUUUUCAAACCGAAGUUUGAGCCUGGAAAAGUGAACCAAAUAGAACAAUACUAUAUGGAAUGUAUAACCACAUGGCCAUGCGAAGAUAUAAGCCUCUCGGAUGUAGCAAAACCUAUCUUAAAAGGUGACAACAUCACGGUCGAUAAAUUGUUUACAGAUGGAACAGAUAGAACUUGGACUUUGCAAAUAUCAGAUAUUCCUAUUGCUGGCAAAAAUCAGGUAUGCUCUGCUCAAACAAUAUUUGAAAGUACAUUAGUACAUCAUCACACAAAUAUUAACAUUGUAACUGAUGAUGCCCAUUUGAAUGAAAGCAAGAUGGAAGAUGUUGAAGAAAUAAAAAUUGAAGAUAUUGACAUAGACAUAAAAGAGAAUGCUGACAAGGAUACUAAACAUGAAUCUUCUAUUAGUCAAACAAAAAAGUCGAAAGAUUCUUUUUUACAAUUCCUUGAAGACUUAGGAUAUGAUGUUAUAAAUCAAUUCUGGAUCAAAGGUAUAAGAUUUUUUUACGGCGAUGUCAUUAUAGAAAUGUAUAAAGUCUUCAUUAGAAAUGACGAUGAAGCGAAAAGUUCAGAUUCUGCAAAUGAAUCUAUAAGACUCAAACUUCUUGAUGAAUCAAAUACUUUUCAAAUUAAAGCAUAUACGAACAUUCCAAAGUCAACAGACGUUGAAUUGAAAGAUCAGGGAACAAGAGAACUACUCAAAUUGAAGGAGAUUUUAAAAAAUUCUAUCAAAUUUGAAAUCCCCGACAGGAUUUACAUGGAUUCUAGGGUAAAUAAUGAAUAG